AUGGCGCACGCCGCGUUUGUGAGCUCCACCAAGGAGCAGCUCACUGAUAAUCUCCCCAAGCGCUUCAAGGGGAUCAAGUUUGGCAUCCAGUCCAACCAAGACAUCGUCAACCAGGGAGUGCUGGAGGUUUCCCAGCGCAUGCUCUACGACAUCGACAACAACCGAUCUCCCCUCACCAAUGGAGCUCUUGAUCUGCGAAUGGGAACGUCGAGCAAGUCGGGAAAAUGCGGCACCUGUCAAGAGCCUCUCAAGUUCUGUAUCGGUCACUUUGGCCACGUUCGACUAGCACUUCCUGCUUUCCACAUUGGCUACCUACGGUUUAUCCAGACGAUCCUCCAGAAUGUCUGCAAAACUUGCGCCAGAGUACUCCUUACCGAAGAAGAGCGACGAAGCUUCCUCCACGACCUGCGUCGACCUGGAUUGGAUAACAUCCGCCGAACUGCAGUCUACAAAAGAAUCAACGAGCAGUGCAGGAAAUGUAGGACAUGUCCGUAUUGUGGCGAGAUCAACGGCCAGAUUCGAAAGGUCGGAGUCCUCAAGCUCACGCACGACAAGUUCUCGGCAUACAAGAAGUCGACGUCCCAGAAGAAGAUGCCUCCGGAGAGCAAAAUUGCGUUUGAUGCCUCAUUUGACGAAGCCAAGAAGUUGAACCCCGAUCUGGACAAGCAUCUUGUGAGGGCCAUGGAGGACCUGAAUCCUCUCUGGGUGCUCAAUCACUUCAAAAUGAUUGGCCCCACAGACUGCGAGCUGCUUGGACUGGAUCCAACCGAGGGCCGUCCCGAGAUGUUCAUCUGGCAGUUUAUCCCUGCUCCUCCUGUGUGCAUCAGACCGUCAGUUGCACAGGAAGGCGCCAGUACAGAAGACGAUCUCACCGCAAAGCUGGCCGAGAUUGUUUACAUAAGCGGAUUGAUUCGAACGGCGCUGAACAAGGGAAAGCCCAUGCAGACCAUCAUGGAACAGUGGGAAUAUAUGCAGCUGCAGAUUGCAAUGUACGUUAACAGUGAUGUCCCUGGACUUAAUCAGCCGGGCUUCGGAAAGAGCAUCAGAGGCUUCUGCCAGCGUCUCAAAGGCAAGCAGGGACGGUUUCGAGGAAACCUGUCUGGAAAGCGAGUCGACUUUUCGGGCCGGACAGUCAUUUCGCCAGAUCCUAAUUUGGCUAUCAAUCAAGUCGCCGUUCCACAGCUUGUCGCCAAGAACCUGACAUUCCCUGAGCGAGUUCAGAGCCACAAUUUGGAAAAGCUGAGACAGUGUAUCUUGAACGGGCCAAAAGUCCAUCCAGGAGCAAAUCACGUUAUCAAAGACAGCGGAAAUUGGAAACAGGAUCUGCAGUUUGGUGACAGGGCCCUUGUUGCCCGAGAUCUUCGGAUAGGUGAUGUCGUCGAACGGCAUCUUGAGGAUGGAGACAUUGUUCUCUUCAACCGACAGCCUUCUCUGCACAAGCUCAGUAUCAUGAGCCAUUUUGCAAAGAUUAGACCCUGGAGAACAUUCCGUCUCAACGAAUGUGUGUGUGGUCCUUAUAACGCCGAUUUUGAUGGAGACGAGAUGAAUUUACACGUUCCACAAUCUGAAGAGGCUCGUGCCGAGGCCAUGACUCUUAUGGGCGUCAAGCACAACCUGGCUACUCCUAAAAACGGAGAACCCAUCAUUGCUGCUACGCAGGACUUUAUCACCGCUUCAUAUCUGCUCAGUAGCAAGGAUAGGUUUUAUAACAGAAAGGCCUUUACCUAUAUCUGCACGCAUAUGAUGGACGGUGUAGUCAACAUUGAUCUCCCCCCGCCGUCGAUUAUCAAGCCGGAAGCCCUUUGGACAGGAAAGCAGAUUUUCAACGUGCUUAUGCGCCCGAAUAAGCAAUCACCAGUACUUGUGAACUUGGAUGCACGAUGCAGAGAAUACUCGGCUAGGCCUGGACAAUGCCCGGAUAUGGAUCCCAACGAUGCUUGGCUGGUCAUCCGAAACUCAGAAGUCAUGUGCGGUCGCAUGGACAAGUCCAUUAUUGGAUCUGGCAAGAAGAACUCGGUGUUUUACAUCAUCCUCAGAGAUUUUGGUCCCGAUCACGCCGUUGCUGCCAUGAACAGACUGACCAAGCUUUGCGCCAGAGCGCUAGGAAAUCAAGGCUUUUCACUCGGUGUGGGCGACGUCUUCCCCAUCACCGAGUUGACAAAAUCCAGAGACAGGCUUGUCCAGGAUGCUUACGAUAAGAGUGACGCGCUUAUCGAGACUUUCAAGGCUGGAAAGCUGGAAAAGGCUCCCGGAUGUGACAUGGAACAGACUUUGGAAAUUUCCAUUUCUGGUAUUCUUAGCAAGGUUCGACAGCAGGCUGGUCAGCAAUGUGUAGACACCCUGAGCCGUAACAAUGCUCCUCUUAUCAUGGCCAACUCUGGUUCCAAGGGUCUGCACAUCAACGUCGCUCAGAUGGUUGCCUGUGUCGGACAGCAGAUUAUUGGCGGUCAGCGUGUGCCCGAUGGUUUCCAGGACCGCAGUUUGCCCCAUUUCCACAAGAAUGCCCGUCAGCCGGCGUCAAAAGGUUUCGUACGAAACAGCUUCUACUCGGGUCUGUUCCCAACCGAGUUCUUCUUCCACGCCAUCUCAGGUCGAGAAGGUCUGAUUGAUACUGCCGUUAAGACUGCCGAAACAGGAUACAUGUCCAGACGAUUGAUGAAGUCUCUAGAGGAUCUUUCCACUCAGUACGAUAACACUGUCAGGACAUCGGCAGGAGGCAUUGUGCAAUUCCAAUUUGGUGCCGACAAGCUGGACCCUGUUGACAUGGAGGGUUCCGCAGUGCCUGUGGCGUUUGACCGCACGUGGACUCACUCAGAGAGCACCACCUGGGAUAACAACGAGAGAUCUUUGCUUCCACGAGAAGUGCUUGCAGUAUGCAGUAGCAUGCUAGAAAAGGAAAAGCAGCGUUACCAGAGACACCGCUUGGUGGACAAUGCACUACUUGACUACUCUGAUCCCACCGACGAAAACAUUGACGAGCACGAAAGCGCUCGAGGCUUCAUUGAGACCAUCUACUCUUAUGUCUCCGAUCGAGCACAAAAGAUAUCCAAAGCUCGUGCAUUGGUCGGACUGGAUCCCGACCCAAGCCAGGAGGAUAUCAUCGCUGAUGCUUCAGCAGAACUCAAGGUACAGCUCGCCCGAGUGGAGCGAGUUACCAAAGUAUCUCUGACGACGCUCCAAAGAUUCGUCAAGGAGUGCUUAGAGAGAUAUCACAAGGCCCACGUCGAGCCAGGCCAUGCCGUUGGUGCUGUUGGAGCGCAGUCCAUUGGUGAGCCGGGUACGCAGAUGACGCUCAAGACAUUCCAUUUUGCCGGUGUCGCUGGUAUGAGUAUCACUCAGGGUGUGCCGCGUAUCAAGGAAAUCAUCAACGCGUCCAAGAACAUCAGUACUCCAGUCAUUACAUGCCCUCUAUUAAACGACAAACAAAUUGAGGCCGCUCGCAUAGUCAAGGGGCGAAUCGAAAAGACUUUCGUGAUCGAUGUACUAAAGGCAAUUGAGGACGAAUGGGUUUCUGAUCGUGGAACCGUCAUUCUGUACAUUGACAUGGAGGCGCUGCAAAGCAUGCACCUUGGCAUUGGCGUUGUUGAUAUUGCAGAGGCCAUCUUGAGAUUCAAGAAGCUCAAGAUUCAGCCAUCCGAUAUAUCAAUUGGCCCCAACUACAUCAAGAUCUUUGUGCUCAACAGCUGGGUGGAUCCCGACGCGGCCAAGAAGAGGCAGCGCAGUGGCGCAUCUCUUACCAUGACGGAGGAGACUUCUGACUUCCUCUUGCGCGUCAACCACCUCCGCCGUACACUUCCCAAGAUCCCCAUCUCGGGAUACAAUGAAGCUACAAGAGCCAUCAUCCAAACAUCUGAGCAGAGCGAGCACAUGGUGCUGGUUGAGGGAUAUGGGCUGCGCGCUUGCAUGACUACCGAAGGUGUCAUUGGCACAAAGGCAAGCUCCAACUCCGUCAUGGAAGCCCGUGAUGUCUUGGGUAUCGAGGCUGCCCGAACCACCAUUGUCGUCGAAAUUUCCGCAGUCAUGGCAGGCAUGGACAUUGAUCCCCGUCAUAUCCAGCUGCUGGCCGACGUCAUGACGUUCAAGGGCGAAGUCCUUGGCAUCACGCGUUUUGGCUUGUCCAAAAUGCGAGAGAGUGUCCUGCAGCUGGCGUCGUUCGAAAAGACGCCCGACCAUCUCUUUGAUGCGGCUGCCAAGAUGAAGACUGAUCGCAUUGAGGGUGUUUCCGAGUGUAUCAUCAUGGGACAGACGAUGAGCGUCGGCACGGGCUCGUUCCAAGUCGUGAGGAGACUGAAUAUUCAGGACUGGGAGGUUGAGCCGAAGAAGACGCUCUUUGAGGAUGCGUGGGCGGAGAAUUUGAAGGCGAAGAAGGAGCUGCGAAGGAUAAAGGUAUAG